UAAGCGGGAAUUGUUUAUAAAGGAAUGAAAUGAUCCGAGUCAUUUCAAUACCUUCUUUCUGAUUCGACCAGUACGGGUUGCAGGCGACGGGCAUCGAGCGUCGUUACGAUAAAAUGAAGUUUGUCGUCGGAUUAUUUGCAUUGAUUUGUUUCGCGGAUGCAUUGCCCGGAUUUGAACCAGGCAGUUAUCCCCAGGAUCAGCUAAACGCCUGGAGCCAGGCAUGUUAUAAUUUCCAGCAACAGGCUCUACAAACACAAGCUGCCCAGAACCAGUACUUCCAGAGCACCUUCCCCCAGAUCCGACUUCCUCCGCUUCCGUUCAUGGACAUCUGUUCGCAGAUUCCUACAUACGCGGGAGGGGCUGGUCAUGGUGGUGCCGGCGGUGGAUUUUCGGCCGGCGGAUUUGCCACUGAUAGCCGCUUCGGUGGUAGUGAUGGUGGUGGUGGUGGUGCAGGUGUGCAUGGUGUCAGUGUGAGCUCAAGCUCUCUGCCCGGAGGACAAGCGGCCACAACCGUGACCCAUUUUGGUCCCGAUGGUGCCUCUGUUCAACAUUAUGGCCCUGAUGGUGGAUCGUUCUCAACAGGAAACAGAUUUGGAGGCAGUGGCGGUAGUGGUGGUGGGGGCUCAUAUGGAUCAGCUCCAGGCGGAUCAGGCGGAGGCUAUGGAGGAUCGUACGGAACAGGGGGACCAGGGUUCGCAUCUUCACAUCAUUAUGGCGGUAGCGGAGGCGGAGGUGCAUCCGCUGGUAGUAGCUCCUUUGGAGGAAACGGCGCAAACUUCGCAACGGCAACAAGAUUCGGAGACGAUGGUGUUAAAACGGUCACCGCUCACGGUCCGCAUGGAGCCCAAGCUGGUAUCUCCAGCUAUAACGAUGGAAAGGGCAAUGUUCACACUAACGUGCACAAGAAUCAAUAUUAAACUUGACAGUUAGAAGAGGAAUAAAGCACUGAAUAAUAUUUCGACCUUA